GUUAAGUGAGUCAGUUGGAUUCUAAAUCGGACAGUGGACUCCACGUGUUGUCUUCUUCAACAAAACUAUAUAAACUCCAAGCUUCCAUCACCUUAACAGUUUAAAACCUGAUCGUCUUCUUCAAUUGUGGAUAUCUGCUUAUUGUCUCUUCCAUCAUGUCCAAAAUCUCACCUUUUCUUCUUGCUAUCUGCAUUUGACUCCGGCUUGAGUUAAUUAGUUCAAAUAUAUUUUUAAUUUGAACAUAAACUUUAGGAAAAUGGGUUUGAUACAGAGAUACAACAUGUUGUUGUUUCUAUUGUUACUUGUUAUGGGUUUUAUUCAUGGAGAUACUUCGAAGGAUUCUCAGUGGCUUUUAAGUAUUAAAACAAAGUUGAUUGAUCCUCAAGGAGUUCUUGACAACUGGUCAUCUAAAGUUAAUAUAUGUAGUUGGAAUGGAGUCAAAUGUUCAGUGAGUUUAAACCAAGUUGUGGGUCUAAAUUUAUCCAACUCAGGACUAUCUGGUUCAAUAUCGUCUGAGUUCUCGAACCUCGUUUCGCUUCAAAUUCUUGAUCUUUCCUUGAAUUUUCUCACAGGUAUCAUUCCUUCCGAGCUUGCACAACUUCAAAAUCUAACGGAGCUUCAUCUGUAUACAAAUUCUCUUUCUGGUGAGAUUCCUAGAGAGAUUGGUCUUUUGAAAAAACUGCAAGUUCUUCGGAUUGGUGAUAACUUGUUAAGCGGAGAAAUUACGUCCACUAUCGGAAAUUUAAGUGAUUUGAGAGUAUUGGGUCUUGGUUACUGCCAACUCAAUGGGAGCAUUCCAGUCGAAAUAGGCAAUUUAAUGAAUUUGAAAUCUUUGAAUUUGCAAAAGAACAGUCUCAGUGGAUACACACCACAAGAGAUUGGUAAUUGCAAACAACUUCAACUCUUCUCAGUGGAAAACAAUAAUCUCCAAGGAAGAAUUCCUGCGUCGAUUGGAAAGCUUGAAGCUUUAGAGAUACUCAACUUGUCGAAUAACACUCUGUCCGGGUCGAUCCCGGUCGAGCUUGGUGACUUAUCCAAUUUGAACUACUUAAGUUUGCUCGGAAACAGAUUAAAUGGUGAAAUUCCUUUGGAGUUGAAUCAAUUGAAUCAGCUUCGUACACUUGAUUUGUCGAGAAAUAAUCUUUCAGGAAGUAUCAGAAUCUUCGUCGAGAAUAUUGAGUCACUGGUUCUAGCUGACAACUUCCUCACAGGUGAAGUUCCAAGGCAUCUCUGCAUGGGUAACUCCCCAAACUUGCGGAAACUGUUUCUUGCAAGAAACAAACUAAGCGGCGGAAUACCCAACGAAUUGCUAAACUGCUCUUCACUUCGACAACUAGACCUUUCUGAUAACGACUUAACCGGGGAAUUACCUUCUAAUAUCGACAAUUUAGAGAAUCUUACUGAUCUUCUACUCAACAACAACAGCUUUACAGGAAUACUUCCCGCUCAAAUUGGUAGCUUGAGUAAUUUAGAAUCUCUGUUUCUAUUCCACAACAGUCUUACAGGAAGCAUUCCCGCCGAAAUUGGAAAACUUCAGAGGUUGAGUCUUCUUUAUCUUUAUGAAAACCAAAUGUCAGGUACUAUUCCAUUGGAGCUAAUGAACUGUUCGAGCUUAACAGAGAUAGAUUUCUUCGGAAAUCAUUUCAGUGGAUCAAUUCCGUCCACUGUCGGGAAGCUUAAAAAUCUAGUUUUACUUCAACUGAGACAGAACGAUUUAUCUGGUCCAAUACCGCCAAGUUUGGGUUACUGUAAGAAUCUCCGGUCUUUGGCGUUAGCCGAUAACAAUCUCUCUGGGACACUGCCGGUGACUUUGAAAUUUCUCACAGACCUUACUCUCGUUACACUAUACAACAAUUCGCUUCAAGGUCCUCUUCCUGAAGCUCUCUUUCUACUGAAGAAUCUCACGGUUAUCAAUAUUUCUCACAACAAGUUUACUGGAAGUAUAUAUCCGCUUUCGGGUUCCAAUAGUUUGAUCGUAAUGGACCUGACAAACAACAGCUUUUCUGGUCCAAUUCCGACCAGACUGGCAGAAUCAAAAGGCUUGAUUCGGCUCCGUCUCGGGGAAAACUUCUUGAAUGGUAAGAUUCCUCCUGAAUUUGGUGCACUUACGGAACUAAGCUUUCUUGAUUUAUCAUCAAACAAUCUCACAGGAGACAUUCCCAUCCAGUUAUCAAAAUGUAAGAAAUUAGAGCAUUUCACACUUCAAAAUAACAACUUCGUGGGAAUUAUUCCUUCAUGGCUAGGAAGUUUACAAUCCCUCGGGGAGCUAGAUUUGUCAUCGAACAAGUUUCACGGACAGGUACCGUCCGAGCUUGGAAACUGUUCGAGACUACUUAAGCUUUCUCUCAGUGACAACAACCUCUCAGGUGACAUCCCAUUAGAGAUUGGAAACCUUAGUUCAUUAAAUGUUCUCAACUUGCAAAGAAACAACCUUUCUGGAUCAAUUCCUGCGACAAUUCAGCAAUGCACAAAGCUCUACAUGUUGAGACUCUCCGAGAAUUCCUUAGUGGGUGAAAUCCCAUCUGAGCUUGGAGAACUGAAUGAUCUACAAGAGAUGUUGGAUCUUAGCAGCAAUUCAUUGUCAGGUGAAAUUCCGUCUUCUCUUGGAAAUCUUAUCAAGCUAGAGAGAUUAAACUUAUCCUUCAAUCAACUCCAAGGAGACGUACCUUCAUCACUAGGAACUCUAACUAGCCUUCAUGUCCUCAACUUAACAAAUAACCGCCUCCAAGGUGAACUUCCUUCAGGUUUCUCACAAUUUCCACCGAAUUCCUUCUUGGGUAAUGACAAACUGUGCGGUGCACCGUUAAGUCCGUGUUCAAGAUCAAUGGGCUUAGUGAGAAAAUCACUAUCAGAUACGGCGGUUGCGGGAAUAGUAGUAGCUAUUGUUUUUACUUCAACGAUGAUUUGCCUGACAAUGUUGUAUAUUAUGUUACGGAUUUGGUGUAACUGGCGGAGAGUUUCGAUUUCAAAUUCAGAUGGUAGUACUGGAGAUGAGUUUAAGAAAGGAGAAGACAAAUGGGUUUACGGAAAUGAUCAUCAAAAGAAGAUUCACGGGGAGUAUUGGAAGGUUUUGAACUGUAUGAAUGUACUUGCUUCACCAGAGCAAGUUUCAUCUAAUACGUGUAUUUUUCAACUCAAAGCAAACAACAACGUGGUAUAAGAAGCCACUAUUUUCUUUCUCUCUCUUUUUUUUCUUUUUCUUAAUUUUGUCUUUGAUUAUUAUUUGGAUUUCUUUUGUACAUUGC